AUUUAAUCCUUGUCAAAAUCUUUAAAAAAAUGACGACCAGUUCCAAUAACACAAUUAAUAAUGAAUGGAUUCAAUGGAUUGAAGAUGGAAUUGCUGGCGAAUAUAUAAAUUACCAUGAUUAUAAUGAAUUUCAUGAUAUGGAGCGUAUUGGUACUGGAGGAUUUGGUGAAGUUUAUCGAGCUAAUUUGGAGAGUUCAAAUACCGUUGUCGCAUUAAAAUCUUUGACAAGUGGUAAUAAUAACAUGAAAGAAAUUGUUAAUGAGAUUAAUGCGUAAAGUUAAUUUACAUACGAAUAUUAUACAAUUUUUUGGUAUUACUAAAAAGAAGAAUAAUGUUGAUUCAGAUUAUCUAUUCGUUCUUGAAUAUGCAGAUAGUGGUACAUUGAGAGAUUAUUUAAAAAAUAAUUUCGAUAAAUUAGAUUGGGAUAUUAAAUUACGAUUUGCAAUUCAAAUUACUGAUGCUGUCUCGUGUAUACAUCACAAAAAUAUUGUUCACCGUGACCUACAUUCUAAUAAUAUAUUAGUUCAUAAAGAUAAUAUCAAAUUAGCGGAUUUUGGUCUUUCACGUAGAGCCGAAGUAUCAAAUUCCAUAAAAAAUAUUUUUGGGAUGUUACCUUAUGUUGAUCCACAUCAUUUCAAAAAGAAAGCAAACGAUGAUAAUAAUAAUCAUCCGAAUAAAAAAUCAGAUGUGUAUAGUGUUGGCGUUCUUCUAUGGGAAAUAUCAUCAGGAAAAAGACCAUUUAAAUCUUGCCAAAGUGCUUUUGAUGAAAUAACACUAACAUUACAAAUUAUAGAUGGUAAAAGAGAAAUUCCAGUUGCUGGUACACCAGAUGAAUAUGUUAAAAUCUACACAAAAUGUUGGCAGGGCAAUCCAGAUAAUAGACCAGAUAUGCGACAAGUAUUUUCCGAAUUAAAAUCAAUUAAUUUAGCAAAUGAACAAAACCCCUGGAAUAAUACAAACGCUAUUAAUAAUGACUAUAAUACUUCAUCAGAUAGUUCGUCAAGUAGUUACUCAUCAACAUCAACUAGCAAUUACUCGACAACUAAUUCAUCGUUAUGCAGUUCAUUAGAUUGUUUAUUAGAAAUUGAAGAUGAAAAAUCAAAAGCCACUACAACUACAGUUGUUCGAUCGAGAUCAAGUAAGAAUACGCUACUGAGAAAUUUCCUGAAAGAUCAUAAGAAGAGUCUUGAACGAACGUAAGAUUUACUUCGACUUUAUUAGGGUUUUAUAUUUUUAUCACAAGCGUAGCAGCGUGCCGUAUAACUUUGUUAGGGCCAAGAAGGGUUCAGAAUAUU